AUGAGUGACAACAAUGACAUGGAGAUGGAAAGCUAUGAAGAGCAACCUAGGUUUCAAUCUGCAGCUGACAAACAGGCUCAUCAUAAUGCACUGGAACAAAAACGUAGCAACUACAUCAAAGACAGCUUUCAGAGUUUGUGGGACUCUGUUCCAUCACUCCAAGGACAGCAGGCACCAUGGGCCCAAACCCUAGACAAAGCCACAGAAUAUAUCCAGUAUAUGCAAAGGAAAAACUACACACACCAGCAAGAUAUUGAAGACCUCAAGGAGCAGAAUGCUCUUCUGGAGCAGCAAGUCCGUGCACUGGAAAAGGCAAGAUCAAGUGUCCAGCUGCAGACCAACUACCCCUCCUCAGACAAUAGCCUCUACACCAAUGCCAAGGGCAGCACCAUCUCUGCCUUUAAUGGAGGCUCACACUGCAGUUUGGAGUCAGAGCCCAAAAGGCCCCAAAGCAACAAGAAGCUCCAGAUGGGGAUGUCGGCAAUACAAACUGUCCGUGUCCUCCAUCAACUCACCCUACUUUCGGUUCGCCUACCCCACACUACCCCUUCCCCAUCAGCCUCCCUGGUGUCUCUAGACCAGGGAAAUAAACGGGGAACAGUUUAUGAUUGGGCUGAGCAGUUGAGAGUGAAGAGUAGCAUGCUAUUUGAGGUCAGUAUGGCUUCAAAGUUAAAGGUGCUAGGCCAGAUCACGAUAGAUUUUGAACAGGAAACAUUUCAUGGAGAUUUGGGAAACACAGAAGGAGAGGACUGCAUUUCCAAUCUUGGUGCAAGGAGAGCUCUUGCACACUAUUAA